CGCUGGAUAGGUUACUCCUUUCUGCCCGUGGACACCGCCGAGUAAGCAUCGUUGACGUCUCCCCCCUCCACUGCCGUCAUGUCCAAGUCAGAGUCUCCCAAAGAGCCCGAACAGCUGCGGAAGCUCUUCAUCGGAGGUUUGAGCUUUGAAACAACCGAUGAGAGUCUGAGGAGCCAUUUUGAGCAAUGGGGAACGCUCACAGGCUGUGUGGUAAUGAGGGAUCCAAACACAAAGCGCUCCAGAGGCUUCGGGUUUGUCACCUAUGCCACUGUGGAGGAGGUGGAUGCGGCCAUGAAUGCAAGGCCACACAAGGUGGAUGGAAGAGUUGUGGAACCAAAGAGGGCCGUCUCAAGAGAAGAUUCUCAAAGACCUGGUGCCCACUUAACUGUGAAAAAGAUUUUUGUCGGUGGCAUUAAAGAAGACACUGAGGAACAUCACUUAAGAGAUUAUUUUGAACAGUAUGGGAAAAUUGAAGUGAUUGAAAUCAUGACUGACCGAGGCAGUGGCAAAAAGAGAGGCUUUGCUUUCGUAACCUUUGAUGACCAUGACUCCGUAGACAAGAUUGUCAUUCAGAAGUACCAUACUGUGAAUGGCCACAACUGUGAAGUAAGGAAAGCCCUAUCUAAGCAAGAGAUGGCUAGUGCUUCAUCGAGUCAGAGAGGUCGAAGUGGUUCUGGAAACUUUGGUGGUGGUCGUGGAGGUGGUUUUGGUGGGAAUGACAACUUUGGUCGUGGAGGAAACUUCAGUGGUCGAGGUGGCUUUGGUGGCAGCCGCGGUGGUGGUGGAUAUGGUGGCAGUGGGGAUGGCUAUAAUGGAUUUGGUAAUGAUGGAAGCAAUUUUGGAGGUGGCGGAAGCUACAAUGAUUUUGGCAAUUACAACAAUCAAUCUUCAAAUUUUGGACCCAUGAAAGGAGGGAACUUUGGAGGCAGAAGCUCUGGCCCCUAUGGCGGUGGAGGCCAAUACUUUGCCAAACCACGAAACCAAGGUGGCUAUGGCGGUUCCAGCAGCAGCAGUAGCUAUGGCAGCGGCAGAAGGUUUUAAUUACUGCCAGGAAACAAAGCUUAGCAGGAGAGGAGAGCCAGAGAAGUGACAGGGAAGCUACAGGUUACAACAGAUUUGUGAACUCAGCCAAGCACAGUGGUGGCAGGGCCUAGCUGCUACAAAGAAGACAUGUUUUAGACAAUACUCAUGUGUAUGGGCAAAAAAAACUCGAGGACUGUAUUUGUGACUAAUUGUAUAACAGGUUAUUUUAGUUUCUGUUCUGUGGAAAGUGUAAAGCAUUCCAACAAAGGGUUUUAAUGUAGAUUUUUUUUUUUUUUUUUUUUUUUUGCACCCAUGCUGUUGAUUGCUAAAUGUAAUAGUCUGAUCAUGACGCUGAAUAAAUGUGUCUUUUUUUAAACGUGCUGUGUAAAGUUAGUCUACUCUGAAGCCAUUUUGGUAAAUUACCCCAACAGUGUGAAGUUAGAAUUCCUUCAGGGUGAUGCCAGGUUCCAUUUGAAAUUUAUUUACAACCUGCUUUGGUGGAGAAGCUAUUGUCUUCAGAAACCGUGGUGUAGUUGAACUGACAGUUACUGUGUUGUGACCUGGAGUUCACCUUUAAAAGGGUCACCCAAGCAAAGUCACGGAAUUUUUUUGGUUAUUAUUAUGAUUGUUGGCACAUCCUAUGCAAUAUAUCUAAAUUGAAUUAUGGUACCAGAUAAAGUUACAGAUGGGAAUGAAGCUUGUGUAUCAUCCAUUAUCAUGUGUAAUCAAUAAACGAUUUAAUACCCUC